AGUUUAACAGCGUUCAAUGUUACCUUUUGGAUUUUCACCCCGAGUAUUAUAGAGGGUGGCGUACGUGAAGUAACCGCUCGAUAUGCAGCAGACUUCUCGCAUCCGAACUUCCGUCGAAACAGAACUGAUCAAAGUUGGCUGGCAAGAACACUCAGAAAGAAAAUGAUUCGAGCAGAACCGAAGAGAGCCCAGCUUGAAGAUGUUCAGCUUCGGCAAGAGCUUGUUAACAAACCUCUACCAGCCACCUUGUCUGAGUAUAAGAACCACCCUUUAUAUGUUCUGGAGAAGGAUCUUCUGAAGUUCGAAGGUCUUUAUCCGAGAGCGGAAGAUCAAAAGCCUUUGGGAGAGGUUCGAGGUCAUAAGGUAUACCCUCGGUCCACAGUAUAUACAUUGCAAAGUGCAACAAACUGGAUAAAGAUGGCCAGGAGCGUGAAGGAAGGGGAGAAAGCAUACAAAGUGGUGAAAGCUCGGCCAAAUUUGCGUGUUCCGGCUGAAGAGCGUGAGCAAAAAUAUUUGGACGUCUUUGGGUAUUGGCAGACUGAACCAUUCCGACGACCAAAAGGCAAGAUUCCACGAAACGAUUUCGGCAAUGUAUACAUGUAUGUGCCAUCUAUGUGUCCAGUUGGAACUGUUCAUCUGCGUCUCCCCGGUCUUGUAUCUAUUGCUCGACGUUUGGGAGGUCUGGAAUGUGUUCCAGCGCUUGUCGGAUGGGAAUUUAAUUCAUGCACGAAUUUCCCUAUAAUUGAAGGGGCUGUUGUGCUUGAAGAAGAUGUCGACAAAUUCAUUACAGAAUACAAACGAAUCGAAGCGACCAGAGAAGAACGUGAAAACAAGCGUCGAGAAGAACGUGUGUUUGGAAACUGGCGUAAACUCAUCCGUGGAAUACUUCGACUUCAUUACGUCCAGUCAAAGUUUUUGGCAACAAAGCCCAAGGUUUGUAACCGUACGCAUAAGGGGGGGGGGGGAGCAUCUUAUGCAUAUGGUGUCUAUUUGAGCCAGGUGGCAUGA